AUGUCAAUAGAGGGGCCCAGCACCAGCGACAAUUCAAAAUUCUCAUUAGAAAACAUCCUUGGAGAGAACCAUGAAACCAUAGAACAUCCUAGUGCAAACGGAAAUCCGUCGGGCGGCUGGGAUGAAGAAGCUACCGAAAAGCCGGUCGCAGAGGGGUAUUGCGUUGAAUGUGAAGACCAGCCAGCGCAAGUUCUCUGCGAGACCUGCCUGGACAAGUUCUGCGAGGUUUGCUUCGCUGCUCAGCAUCGCAAAGGGUCUAGGAAGAGGCAUGCUACCAAACCGUUGUCGAGUGGUCAGGAAAAGAAAGCCAAAACAGAGAACGGUGUUGUCGCCAAGUCUGAAGUGCCCAAUGAGGACGCGAUGGACGAAGAUGAUGGCGACGACGAAGAGGAGUGGUUAGGCAUCUCUUCAGAGCCUCCUGCACCAAAACUGGAGAUUCUCGGGGCUCAACCAGCGCUCGGGGCGGACGUAGGCGAAUGGUUCGUUGAACGGUCAAAAUACAUCCCGCUCCGGUUGACACUGGGGGAACGCAAGUACCUGCGCCUCCUGGAAGCCGCUCUUAACGUUUCGGAGUACACAGACAAAAUUGACACUCUUGGUUUCGGUCUAUCGAAAGCCAAACGAAUUGUGCACCAAAUCAGGGAACUCUGCGCCAUUAUGUCUGGCCUCGUGCUAGCGGCAGACUACAAACAAGGACAAGAACUCUUCACCGAUCGUGACUUCGAGGCGAAUGCGGAUUUCUAUCAGCAGAUCUUCGAGUUGGGACGUAGACACAAAAUUAUGAAUCCCGACAAGAUGCGGACUACGUACGGAAAGCUAAUCUAUCUUCUUCAGGACAGUCAAACACCCGAAGUAAAGGAUCUGCUUAGCUUCUCAUGCGUGAAACCUAUCAAAACCGUGCAUAUCGUCCUCGAGGAGCACGGCGCGACGGAUCUCCUGCGCGACAAACUCGUGACCGUUGCGACCCAAGAGAUAUAUUCCGAGGGUCGUUCACGGAGGGACAUACAAAAAGACAUCAAAGCUAAGGAGCGCGCUAUAGAGACGCUUUCUUCGAAAUACGAACGCAAGGGUUUAUCCCAAGAAACGAUCCGGCAGUGUCUUUAUAGCAUCGGCGAUAACCAUGCAUUCCUGAGGGUGAAUCGGGAUCCGUGCGAACGAAUGAUAGCGUAUUUGAAGCAAUACUUCCAUCCCACCCAAGCCAAGGACUCGAAGACCAGCUUAGCUAUCCGUAGUGGGAAAGGCGGAGCACGCCUGUCGCACGACCACAAUAAGCAAUAUGCUUAUGUCUUGCAAAGCUUGACACUUUGGCGGGAAAUCCUGCACGACAUGUUCCGGCUGUGGUUCCUCGCAGAACAAGAUUUACUUUCGGAGAAUGUUUCUUACCGUUUGCGCGACACUGGGCAAGGUUUGAACCGUGUCCAGGCUGCCCCAAAGACGUCUCAUAUGAUGCACACAAUCCUCCAUAAGGCCCAACAACGAGUAGGCACUUGGAUCGGCUCCAGUGUCAUUCACAUGGGGGACCACAACGUACCCAAUGCCCUCCUCUUCAUUGAUAAAUACACUCAGAUCUACCGCAUCCUCCUCCCCAUUUGCAACACUCUAUCGCUGAUCCCUUCGCUAGCGCAGAAACCUGCGAUCAGAUCGUAUAUCGACGACGAGUUCGGCUCAACGGAGAACCUCGUCUGUGAAAUAUUGGGUGAUUUCUUCCGUCACGGAUUCGAUGGCUCUGGGGCCGAUAAUUUCUUCGAUGCUGGCAGCUGCAUUGAUGGAAGGCUGACGAGUGCGUGGAACUGGUGUGGGUCUCUGGAGAAGAAGAGAUAUUUCCAUGUCUUCCUCCUUACAGGAUUCCUUGGGUUUGAUGGCGAGUGCAUCUUAGCGACGCUCUGCCUUAACCUCCUUGUCUCGGCUCUGAAUUUCCACGGUGUGGGCGAUGUAGCCGUCGGUGACAAUGUUUCCCUCGGAUUGGAGAUGGGGAAGGAUGACAACUUCGCUCCUUUCGACUUAAUUCUUCGGAGCACAGAAUCGGACCGUGCUCAAACCAUGCUUCAACAUAUAACCAACGUCUCUUCCACGUUCACUGUGUUAAUCUCCAUACCACAAGUGCCUGACGGUUUCUAUAUCUAUUUCGCAGCGGAGCCAGACUCCGACGAUUUGUUCUCUCGAAGCGACAGGUUCCUCAUUACUACCAAUACCACGAAUAAGAAUUCCACCCUGCCACAACUAAGCGUACCUCCCUUUACCUCGACUAUACCCAGUCCAACCUCAUCGACCUCAGUCUCGGCUGUCACCCCUCCUCAUACCUCUCCCAGCUCUUCCCCACCUUCAAGCGCUCCACGGAUGGACAUCCAGAAAGAGAUAGAAACCAUCAAAGCCGAGAAUACCCGCCUUCUGAUCAUCAUCAGUGCCAUUUCCGCCCUCCUGGGCCUCGGGCUCGUAGUCGGCUUGAUCAUCUACCUGCACCACCGCGAGCGCAGAUGGCUGCGGAUGGUAUCGCCUAUUCAGUUUGAGCCACCACGCGAAUCGGUGGUGCGGCUGGGGGUACCGCGUAUCCCAGAGCCCAAACUCUCGUCAGCGCUCAGCGAUAGCUUGGACCAGGUGCAUUCAGGGCAUUCCGAUACCUUCCCCCAGAGUGACCAUGUUCGAAUGGCCAGCUCCCAAGUAACUAUUGGCAGGGGAACACGGUCGGAAGACCCUCCGCCUGUUUAUGUAUAG